CUUGACAAAUAUAUUGAGGAGACAACUUCAGAUAAUCAGCUGACUACUGACGUCAGCGUAGAAGUUUACAAUUUGUAGAACACUUCAGGGGUAUCUUUGAAAUAUCAGAUUUAUCUUAUCGGCCUUGAAAAGGAAGAUUAAAAAUAUAGACCAUUUAAGUAGAGAAAAAAUAUUGACGUAAUUACAAGAUCAUAAUUAUGGAAGCUGAACCGAAUGAAAAUAAAGUAUCUAAACCAAAUACUUGGCCAUACAUGAAUAUAUCUUCAUUAGUUACAUCGUUCUUUAUAAAGUUAACAACUGCUGGUAUUAUAUGGGGUUGCGGAUACAUGAAUAUAAAUUUAGCAUGGUUGCUUUGUCCUAUUAUGGUUUUUGUAUGGAAAUCAGAACGACAGAAAGAUCAACAGCUAAGAGCAAUUACUGCACAAGCUAGUAUAUUGGCUAAUGAAAAAGAAUUGAUUGGAAAAAGAAUGGAUGAAUUACCAUCAUGGGUUUAUUUCCCUGAUUUCGAUAGAGCUGAAUGGCUAAAUAGGAUAUUGUAUAAGGUUUGGCCAAGUAUUAAUCAGUAUGCUCGUGAACUUUGUAAGCAAACAAUAGAGCCAUCUAUUGUCCAAAAGCUAGCCGAUUAUAAGAUAAAGGGGUUUCAAUUUGAAAGAUUAGUCUUAGGUCGAAUUCCUCUCAAAAUCUAUGGAAUAAAAGUAUAUGAUAAAAAUACUUCAAGAAAUGAAAUCAUCUUGGAUGCAGAUGUGAUGUAUGCUGGAGAUUGUGAUAUUACAUUUUCUGUUGGGAAUAUAAAAGGUGGUAUCAAAAAUUUUCAACUUCGAGGUCUAAUGCGUGUUGUCAUGAAACCAAUAAUAUCAGUGAUACCAAUAAUUGGAGGAGUACAGGUCUUCUUUUUAAAUGUACCAGCAAUCAAUUUUAAUCUAGUAGGAGUAGCUGAUGUACUUGAUCUUCCUGGUUUUAGUGAGACUUUAAGAAAAACAAUUAUAGAACAAAUAGCUGCAAUUGUGGUGUUGCCAAAUAAAAUUGUCAUUCCUUUGAGCGAACAAAUACCAGUAGAAACAUUGAAGAUUCCUGAACCUGAGGGUAUUCUGAGAAUUCAUGUUAUUGAAGCAAAACAUCUUAUGAAGAAAGAUAUUGGUAUGUUGGGUAAAGGCAAAUCUGAUCCAUAUGCUAUUAUAAAUGUUGGUGCUCAACAAUUUAGAACCAAAACAAUCGACAAUACCGUUAAUCCACAAUGGGACUUUUGGUGUGAGGCUAUGAUCAGUUCAUGCAUUAAACAAGAAGCUGUGGUGUCCCUUUGGGAUUGGGAUCCAAGUUUUCCUUCUAUGCGAUUUGAUGACUUUCUUGGCAGGGCUACCAUAGAAGUUAAUCGUGUUAAAAAGAAGGGAAUUCUAGACACGUGGGUAUCAUUGGAACAAGCAAAACAUGGUAUGAUUCAUCUACGAUUGACAUGGCUUCAACUUUCUAAAAAUGUAGCUGAUUUGCAGGCUGCAUUAGUAGAGACCCAAGAACUUCGUGUAACAUCAAUGAGCACGGCCGUUCUUAUAAUCUAUAUAGAUUCAGCAAAAAAUUUACCUUAUGUUCGAGGGAAUAAACAACCCGACGUGUAUCUUGAAGCAAGUGUCGGUGGUCAAAUCCAACGAACGAAUACCAUAUUAAGAUCAUGUGAUCCAGUAUGGGAACAAGGAUUUACUUUUCUAGUCAGCAAUCCAGAGUCUAGCAUAAUGCAUAUUAAGAUAAUCGAUGAGAAGACUAUUAUGAUAAUUGGAGAAAUGUCUUAUAAGAUUUCUUUACUUAUUGAGAAAGAUAAUCUUGAGGUUGGUCAACAACCAUACGAUUUACAAAUGGCAGAAACAGAUAGUAAACUCGUCUUAUCCAUGUCAUUAAGUAUCCUCAAAUACGAACAACCAGAAUCUACGUCAGAAGAAGAUGAAGAUGAUCAAAAUGUUAAUGAAUUCAAUAAAAAAAUUAAUCGUCAAGAAUCUAAUAUCAGUAACAUUAUUUCAACGAGUGUACCGCCUAGUCCUCUUAAAAAGCAAUCUUCAAAGGAAUCAAUUAACAGUUUACCUCUUAAUACCGAAUCUACGUCAACAGCACCAAUUGAAGAAAUAAUUUCACAACCAGAAGAAGAAAAUGUUAUCUCUAAUAGCGCACCUUCGCUUUCUUAUUCACCAUCCGUAGGACUUAUUCAUAGAACUCCAAGUACUACAUCCUCUGCCGGGGAAUCGAAAUUAGGAAGGAUACAAUUAACGUUACGAUAUAGUAUUCAAAGGCAAAAACUUAUUAUUGAUAUUCACAGAAUUGCCCAUCUGCCACUUCCACAAAAUGAUCCCACUAACAUACCAGAUCCGUAUGUAAAACUUUAUCUUCUUCCGGAUAAGCACAAAGAAACUAAGCGUAAAACUGCUAUAAUUAAAGACAAUUGCAAUCCAAUAUUUGAUGAGAAGUUUGAAUACGUCGUAUCGCAAGCAGAUUUAAAUACACGCGUCUUAGAAAUUUCUGUUUGUACACAGAAAGGUUGGCUUUCUACUGGUAGCAAUGUUAUGGGACAACUUCAUUUAAAUUUAAGCGAGAUCGAUGUUACUAAAACAGUAACUACUUGGUACGAUUUACAGCCAGAGAUAAAAGAUUAAAAAAAAAAAAAUAAAAAAUAAGUAAUAAUGAUGAUAAAUGAAAUUAAAAUGCAACCUUAUGCGCUGUGCACGUGUCUCAAUUUAUCGACACUCGUAGCUUUUUAUAUUAUACAAGAAGUGAUCUGUGGUGCUAUUAAUGAUAUCAUUUCAGGAAAGUGAUAAUGAAUCAAACCUUAAAUAGUAUACUUUACCGUCCAGAUUAUUAUGACGUCAUGUUUAAUUUCAUUCAAUUUAAAUCAAUUUUAUUUCAAAUCCAAUCAAUAAAACCAAUGUAUGACUUCAA